GUCGAGCAUUCACAAUCUUUGUUCGAGCAAAGUCAUCAUCAUACUCCCGCAAAAUUAAUUCUGGUGCCGAAGAAAAGAAAGACCGUUGACCAUGAAGAUCAUCUCAAGCUUGCUUGUUGCCGUUUUGGCCAGUGUAGUAUCCGCUGAAAGGUUCAAUGAAAUCAAGAUCCGCGACGAUGCCGUUCACAACAACUACGAGGCUCCUUUGCCUCACACGUACCUAAAAGCAGCCGACAUUCCAGCCAGUUUCACUUGGGCCAAUGUCGAUGGAAAAUCCUACUUGACGCACAGUCUCAAUCAGCACAUUCCUCAGUACUGCGGCUCUUGCUGGGCCCAUGGAGCGUUGAGUUCGUUGGGAGAUCGUAUCAAGAUUGCCCGCAAGGGUCAGGGCGAUGAUAUCAAUCUCUCCAUCCAGUAUAUUCUCAAUUGUGGAUCCGAUAGUGCUGGUUCCUGUCAUGGAGGAUACCACACGGCCACCUACGAAUUUAUUCAAAAGACGGGAUAUGUUCCCUAUGAUACCUGCAUGCCCUAUGUGGCUUGCUCCAAGGAAUCCACCGAUGGAAUCUGCCCUCAUGUCGAUACACAGUGCAGUGCCACGACCACGUGCAAAACGUGUGAUACAUUUGCCGGAAUGGGUGGAAAGUGUGUGGAGAUUGACAUUUUUCCCAAUGCCACCGUGGCAGAAUUUGGCAUGGUACCCACCAAAGAUGCCAGCAAUCCCGACUAUGAUGUCGUCAAGGCGAUUCAAUCUGAAAUCUUGAUGCGAGGACCCGUUGCAGCCACUAUCAAUGCCGAACCGAUUGUCGCAUACCAGGGUGGUGUCUUUACGGAUGAUUCCAAUUCCCAGCAAACCAAUCACAUUGUCAGCAUUGUAGGAUGGGGGCAGUUCUCCGACAGCGACAGUACCAGUGAUGACGACAAGAAAAAGACGUACUGGAUCAUCCGCAAUUCGUGGGGCCAAUAUUGGGGAGAAUUGGGGUACUGCCGCGUGGAGGCCGGCAAGAACAUUCUUGGUAUUGAAGGAGAGGUGGCAUGGGCGACACCUGGAGCUUUUACCGUUCACAACUUUCCCUGUCAUGAAGAUGGCAAGAAUUGUGAUUUCCACCACGGACCUGCCGUCAAAACCCAGCACUAUGUCGAUCCUUCCUACAGCGAAGCCCAUGUGGAGGAACAUUUGAAAAUGAUUGGUGUCCGUGGCAGUACUGAUGUGCAAGAAGAGCCUGUGAUUCAUUACGUCCGAUCGGCGGAAGUGUACUAGCUGGCUAGCUAGCUAAACCAAGAUACAAAAAGUUUAAAAAUGCAUCCAUCAAUCCACCCCAGCUGUCGGUACCAGAUACUGGCUUGCUCUAGUGGCUAGAAGGGUUUAGUUUCAAGCAUGAAUAGAGAUUUGUUUAUACCGUACGGUGGCGAAAAAAAAUUGCUCAAAGCCCGGACUAAAAAGGAACGAUGUUUCAUACUAUUUUAGCAAAGGGUGACUGAUGAUCAACUUCCCAGUCACUAAAACACAGCCUCCAGGCUUUUGGGUAGUCUAACUCUUUGGUUUUGGCCUGACUCUUUCAUCUCUUCUGUGAGACUCAACUCAUCACUGUUGGGCUAAACAAAAUGAAUCCCUAGCUACAGUAGAAGAACUCGCUUUCGUGAACAGGCCAAAGGCAUGGUUGCUAGCUUCAUGCCAAGUGCAAUAGUACCAUCCACAACAGUUGGGGACAGUACUGGGGAGAGCUUGGGUAUUGCCGCGUGGAGGGCGGGAAAGAAUAUUGGAUUGAAGGAGAGGUGGCUUGGGCGACACAACGAGCCUUUACCAUUCACAAGAACUUUCCCAGCCACGAAGAUGGCAAGAAUUGUGA